UUACCUUCUCAUAUGUUUUUAACUUUUUGUUUGUGUGUUUUACCGCUAAUUUCACAAACACUAUAAAUGUGCGCAGGUUGCCAGUGUUUUGUAUUGACUAUGGUUCAGUUAUUUUCCUUUGCAUUUUGAUUCGCAAAGCGAUCACCCGCUAGCUGAAAAAGUGCUCAGGUUAUUCGCGCAGCAAUUAUAACAGAGUUAAGUGUAAAUUAAACACCAAUUACUGUACUAGAUACACGCAUUUACCUUAAUGUUGUCUGGCGUAUUGUGUUUAAAAGAAAAACGUGUUUUCCUACAAUAUAUUUGGAGAUAAGCAGAACAAGAAUUUUGUUCCUUACACCGGGAUUUCUGGCAACGCUGAGCAGAUUAUUACAAAAUUACAUUAGUGUUUGUUUACAAUUGAGCUGGUGAUUAUUAUUGACGUGUUGCCACCAUGUAAGGAUUUUUGAAGUGUGUCAUCUCUCUGCUGCUCGUAUUGUAAAUAAAUCUUUGUUUUAUUUAUGCAGCUUUACUUAAAACGCAAUAAAAAAAAAAAAAGAAUAAGAAAAUGAGCGAUGACAAUAGCAAUUUUGAGGACAUUGACAACAGCGACAAUGACAGCGUAGAGUCUUUUGCUACAGCUGCUGCUUGGGAAAGAAAAUCUAUAAAAAGUGCGCCCCUUCUGCCACACGAACUGUUGUCCCUGCAGCAGAAACUGAAGCGCAUUGUGGUUAUUCAACAAACGGAUCAGUCAUACCAUAGGGCGUUGAGCGACAUACGCGACCAAGCCAUCAUCUCGGUGCUGGUGGAGCCAAGCUUUUAUGGGCGGCAUUGCAUAACAUCCGUCAUGGUUAUUGCCACCGCGAAUAAUACUUAUGUGUUUGAUCUGAAAGCACUGGGUGUCAUUUUCCGGGAACUAUCUGUGCUGCUGGAGGCGGAGUAUCCUAGAAAGAUAAUGCACUACAGCCAUCGAAUAUGUGAUUUGCUGUUCCAUCAGCACAAGCUAAGAAUAAAUGGAAUUUGCGAUACGUUCGUCGCGAUGUGUGUGGCUCGACAGGAUCGUUGUAAUUGCACGUUGCAGGACGCCAUUGCGCUAAUUUUCGAGCUACCGCUGUCCGAGCUAACCUGCCACGAGAUAACUAGUGCCAGCGAAUCGCUGCGUAACUUCACCGCACGCCCUUUAUCCAGAGGUCAGAUCCAGUACCUGGGAAAACUUGCCAUAUUACAACAUAAGUUACACGAUACGCUUAUCUACGGAAAUAUUUGUAGCGACUUGCAACAAAUGUCGGACAACUUCAGCUGCGAGUUUAACAAGCAAAAGAAAUCGGACGAGGUGGCACUGAACAUGAGACCUGGUAGCAAAUCUGGCUUCGACUGCAUAGAUCCAUACUACAAAAUAUCAACAUCGAUUGACUAACUACAAUUCCUUAAUAUUAAUGUUGAAAUGAAUUCAACACGCACAUGCUGAACACAUUCCUUACGUCUCCUUUUUGCAAUUUCAAUUCCCUUACAAUCUUAAACAUUGUACUCCAUUUCUUUGUUGUAUCGUUGCAUUCUGGUGCAUUCGACUUCGUAAUACUCUGCUCUCAAUGUAGAUUUCUUCAAUUAUUGUUUUAAUAGCUUUUCGACUGUAACCCAAAACAGUUGCUUUAAAGCUUUAGUUCACUAACCAUACAACACAUAGAUAUGACAUCCACUACAAUUGUA